AUGGAUGCCACAAUCACGGAUGACACAGUUGUUGACAUUGGUGUCAGCUUCGACGGUUCAUGGCACAAAAGAGGCCACACAUCCAACUAUGGUGUUGGUGUUGUAAUAGAACUUCAAACUGGUAUCGUCAUCGACUACUGUGUCCUAUCGAAGUAUUGCCAAGUGUGUGUGAAUACAGCCACUGAACUCGGCGCAGAGUCACCUGAAUUCGAUAUUUGGUAUGAGGGCCAUAAAGAAGAUUGUUACAAAAAUUACAGUGGCUCUUCCCCUGCGAUGGAAACCAAGGCCGCAGAAAUAUUAUGGAAACGAUCAUUAGACUAUAAACUGAGAUAUCGCACUAUCGUUUCUGAUGGGGAUGCCGCAGUUUUAUCCCACCUACAAAAUCUGAAAGUGUACGGUGAAGAUGUACCCAUCGUAAAAGAAGAAUGUGUCAACCAUAUUGCCAAGCGACUUGGGACUGGCUUACGAAAUGUUGUAAAAACAUGUAAAGCACAAGGUAUCACACUAGGUGGAAGGCGGUUCGGUAGCCUAAAACAAUCGACAAUAGUAAAGUUGACAAAAUAUUACCAGAACUCAAUUCUUCGGAAUCAAGAUAGUGUUGAAAACAUGAGGCAAGACAUAUUAGCAACUUUACACCACUGUGUGUCUUCUGACAGUGAAAACAGGCACACUAAAUGUCCUCAAGGUGACAAUAGCUGGUGUUUCUACAAUCGUGCUCUCGCAAAAGGCGAAACUCCAGGGCCCCAUGCAAGAAAUCUGGGUACUGCAAUAUCACCAUUGGUACUGAAACACAUAUUUCCUGUAUACCAAAGACUCAUAUCAAGAGAACUGUUAGAAAGAUGCCAGAAGGGACGAACUCAAAAUGCGAAUGAGAGUCUCCAUAGUUGUAUUUGGAAAAAGUGUCCUAAGACAAGGAACGUUUCGAAGCGAAUCGUGGACUGUGCAGUUGCUGAAGCUGUAUCUGAAUACAAUUAUGGAAACACAAUACAAAGUACCUUGAUGGGAGCUGCUGGUGUGUCUCCAGGAAGACUUUCAAUGAAAAUAAUAAGGGCAAGAGACAAAAGAAGAGUAUUGCAGGCGAAGAAGAGACUGAGUGCAAAGUACAUAAAACACCGCCGACAGCUAAAGGUGAGAAAAUUGAAAAAUGAAGAAACCCUAAAGGAAAAAGAAGGUGUAACUUAUGGAGCUGGACUGUUUUAG